ACCCGGAAAUAUUUCGUGACACAUGCAAAGUCAGGAAUUUAUUAGGAAUGGUUCCCCAUAAAACAAGUGUGACCUUUAAUAAUGUUUAAUUGCAUUUUAUAGCAUGCAAAGAAAACACAAACCUGAAUUUGCUGAUAUAUUAAAUAUAAUUUACGUCGUCUAAAGUUGACUGCCCACCCAUUGUUGAUUGUAUCCUCCGUGAAGGCCACAAUGAACAAAUCCUGUAUUAGUCUGCUUCACCUGUCCAGAAUAUACUUGAGACAUCCGAACAUCACAAGGGGGGCUGUAAUGCCACUUCAUUUUGUGGGACUACGCACCUACUGUAGCAGUGUCAGGGUCCGAUCCUAUCUACAGUACAUGAAAAGAAAGAUCCGGCCUCCCACUCCUCCCUAUAGCCAUGUGUGCCAAGUAGGUGACCCAGUGUUACGAAGUCAUGCAUCACUGGUGGACCCUGCCGCUGUGAAGGGCCCAGAGGUCCAAAAAGUAAUUGACACCAUGAUCAAAGUGAUGCGCAAACUAGAGUGUGUGGGACUGAGUGCGCCUCAAAUCGGGGUGCCCCUCCGUAUAUUGGCACUGGAGUACCCACAGAAGAUGCUGGAGGAAACCCCUUCUGUGUUAAGAGAGGCACGAGGCCUGAGCGUGCUGCCUCUCAGAGUGUUUGUUAACCCACAGAUGAGAGUGCUGGAUGGAAGGACUGUAGUUUUUCAAGAGGCAUGUGAAAGCAUCACAGGGUUUUCUGCUGCAGUGCCACGGUACCUGUCUGUGGAAAUAUCAGGUCUUAAUGAGAAAGCAGAGUCAGUCACGUGGCAGACCAGCCACUGGGCAGCUCGUAUUAUCCAGCAUGAGAUGGACCACUUAGAUGGGAUCCUAUACAUUGACCACAUGGACAGUAAAUCAUUCAUAAAUAUUAACUGGCAGUCAUACAACGAAUAAAAUACAAAACUUGACAUAAGAACAAGAGCUUUCUUUGAUUUUUUUUUUUUUUUUUUUUACAAACUAUUUAUACAAAUUAUUACUACUAUACGAUAGAUUGUUAUUAGUUUUGGUUUAGGAUUUUAAUAAUACACCAUUAAACACAUUUUAUUGUUGAAUAAGUAGCUCAAAUUUCACAUUAUGUAGAUCUGCGUUCUUCCACCUCUAAAACAUUGCCCAGCUCCAUUUGUCCCUGUCCUCUUCUGUUGAAACCCUAAUCCAUGCUUUUGUCACCUCCAGAUUAGAUUACUGCAAUGGCAUUAUUCACAGCACAUUCCAAAACACCCAAUAAGUUAUAAUGCAUCCAAAACUCUGCCUGCCUCCUCACACCCACCCAGUCCUGUGAACACAUCACCCGUCUUGCUGAAGUUCCACUGGCUCCCUGUCCCUCAGCACAUCAAGCAAGUCCUCCUCAUUAUCUUCAAAGCCCUCUACAACCAGGCCCCGUCCUAGCUCUUGGACCUACUCCAGCCCCACACUGUCUGGAGCCAGCCUCCUGUUCCUCCAUUGCAGGACCAAGCUCCGAACCUGGGGAGACAGCCUUCUCCAUUGCCACCCCCACCCUCUGGAACUCCCUACCUAAACAUCUCCAUGCACUGAACUCUCCACCUUCAAGAAAAGUCUCAAGACCCAUUUAUUUAGAAUAGCAUUUCAUUUUUAACUUUUUUUCUCUGUGAUUUUUUUUUUCUUUCCUGUAUUUGUUUAUAGUUUUUUUACUCUUUUAAUAUUAUUCUGUAAAGCAUGUUAAACUGUCCUGAAAGGCGCUAUAUAUAAUAUAUUUAAUAGUUUUACUAGAAAUUUGAAAAAGCUCAUUUUAAAUAAUCAAACGUGUCCACAUCAGUCUAGUUAGUUGGUGCUGCUCUGUGCUCACUGUAUAAACCUGCACAUAAUGAUUUUUAUAUUAGUUUGGACUGGGGGGGACAUAUGUAUGGCAAAUCGGUAGUCGUAUAUUGUAAUUGUUAAUUGAUAUGUGUUUUUUAAUGUGUGUUCACCUGCUCAGGGACUGCAAAUGGAAAGUAGCAGUAGCUAAAUCUGGUGCAAAUCAUCUUUUCCUUGAAAGAUUAAUGAAUUUGUACAUGGUCCCUGUC